GUACGUCGAUCUGGCGUUGUAUGUCUCCAUUUUCUGGCUGCUGCUCCGAAAGAGCGUCUUCGGGAAGGGCUCGGCACAGAUCAUCCACAACCUGUUUUUCCAGAUGGUCAGCAGCCGGGACAAGGACAGCCUGAACUAUGUGAUCAGCGCCGUCAGCAUGGGGGCCCUGAUGGAGGUGGCCAGCUGGCGCACUGUGCGGAUGAUCACGGGCCAGGCGGUGGACAUGGCGCUGCUGAGCAACCAGAGCAAGACCAUCCUCGUCGACGCUCUGCAGAAGAAGGGCCUGAGGUCACCGCGGCCCCCCCAGGUGCUGCACAUCAUCGAGAGUUUCAAGGGCGACGAGCUCACGCAGUUCAAGAAUGCCAUCGAUGAAGGAGGCGACUACUUCAACUUGUACAAGCUGGUGUACAAGGACGUCGUGGACGCGCAGAUCCGCGAGGAGAUCCUCCGCCACUUCGUCGUCGAGGCCCGCGCCGCUCGGAGCCAGCACGGCGGCGGCGUGGGCGUCAAGGUCCUGAGCGACGUGGACGACACCCUCUACAGCAGCGGCGGCAAGUUCCCCGCAGGCUGCGACGACCGGUUCCCUAAGCACGCGAUCUAUCCGGGCUGCCUGAGCCUGUUUCGGAUCCUGGACCGCACGCACUCCACUGGGCUGCCCUCCUGCAACCUGGUCUUCCUCUCGGCGAGGCCGCACGUGUUCAAGGACUAUGCCGAGGAUCGGACGUACCAGCUGUUCAACAAGCUUGUGGAGAAGGGUCAGAUGCACUGUCCAGCCAGUGGCUCCCUGGUGCAGGCCCCAAGGCCUAACGCGGACGCCGAGGUAGCCGCAGCCAAAGCGGCCGUGAUGGCCCUCAGGCGCUUCAGUAGCAAAGCCGACCUCAACGCCGCAGCUGGCGCUUGGUACGACCGCGUGCGCAGUCUUGUCGGUGACUCCACCGAUGGCCGCGUUUCGAUGCAAACCGUCCUUGCCGCGAAUUGUAUGUCGACCUCGGACCUCUACGACUGCGUGCAGGCACUGGGGGUGCAGAUAGUUGCAACCCCGCGAAAGUCCCGGUGCGCGCCCGCGCGCGUCACCCUCGACCCCUCGGCCUUCCCUACCCACUCGGCCUUCAGAGAGGCGGCUGCCGCGGAACGUCGCAAGGCUGGUCAUCGUUACCUUGAUUUGCGUGCAAUGACUGCGGGCGCGGCCGAGCGCUUCCUGUCUGGUUUCUUCAAGCCGCCCUCAGCUUUCAGCGUCCAGCUGGUGGGCCCAGCCGCAGGGCGCGCCCUCAGCCCCAGCAGCAUGAUUGACUUUAUUCCUGGUGGCCUUUUUGCCAGAACCCAGAACGAUUUCCCGCAGAAUCUUGAAGACAGGGGCGACCUGGCGCGUGCUGUUUCCACUGUCCGGCAGUCCGGCGCGGGCGCGGGGAUCACUUGCCCGCCACUACCGUGCGCCGAACGUGAAGUAGAGGCAGCGCUUGCGUUGCUGAAGCCUGGUAAGCGCACGGUGCCUCUGUGCAACGCGGCGUUGCGAGCCAAGAUUGAGGAGGGCUUCCGCUUGACAAGGGCCUUGCUAAAUCUCGGCCGUGCGCUCUGUGUCACAGCCCGGCUUUGGCCCCUUAGGCAUUUCGCGCCUAUCCGCAAGUCUAGGCCGGCAUCGGUGCGAAGAGUGUCCUCGUUGCGCCCAAUUAGUUUCACUUCCGACGUGGCUUCGGUCCUAGACGCUGCUUGGAUCGCGCGUGACGGAGCCAAGAUCGAGGCCUACUGCGGGCCCGCUCAGCAAGGGGGGGUCGGGGACCCAGUUUCCCUCGUGUUCGCACUCACUUUGCACGCGCAGUUACGUGGCGCGCAAGAUCUACCCACUUGGUUUGCCGUGGCCGACAACAAGUGA